GUGUGUGCCAUCUGCCUCAGAAGGAACAAUCACAGUUUCAUUGAAUGCUCUGCAGACCGCUUGUGGGAUGGCGUCCAACCUACAGUUGCCACCAGAUCCAACAAACAGCUCUUACUGCGCGCCUCCAACAAACCUCUUUGCAUCAACUGGCAACGGUCCAAAUGUACCAGCCAAGCACACGACGAUCGCCAUAUUUGCUCGGGUUGUCUCGCCACCACCCAUGGAGCUCAAAGCUGCCCUCGAGUACAGAAAAUUGCACCCGAUGUCUCCUUAUAA